UAAUAAAAAGAAAGUAUAAUUUCGAGCGCACGAAUAUAUAAACGAAAUUGAAAUACGCCAGUAAUUUGCAAGCAAUAUAUUUCCACUGUCAUUUUAAUAAUUUCAUAGGUAAAUUAUAAUAAUUAUUGUUAAGAAUUAUAAUAUUAAUACAUUUAGAAAAAAAAAGUAUUUCUACCAAUUGUUUAGUACAUAUAGAAAUCGUUUCGAUUGCCCUGGGCUAUUGUUAUUACUAUUAUUACUUCCUAGUCGAGUCAAAUCGGUUCUUGGUUGUGUCUCAUUAUUCAUAAUCAUAGCUUGAGGGUCAUCCCAUUAGCAUGACUGCAUGUUUAUCAUUAAUUUAAUAAAAAUGUUAACAUUUGACAUUGAGUCUUCAAUUAGUAUAGAAUAACCCUUGAGGUACAGCAGAAUCAUCAUAAAUAAACAAAUCUCAGAAUAUUUUCUCAAACAACAAAAGUCAUCAGAGCCUUGCAGACAGAUGGGCAGAAGUUUUAAAGUGUGACAAUGUCAUUACUUGACGUGUUCAGCAAAUGUGGGACGAACGCGAAAUCGGAAGGAAAAGUGGCCAUAGUGACCGGUGGAACAUCAGGUUUGGGCAUGGAAACAGCCAAAUAUUUGGCCAGCCGCGGCGCCAAAGUUAUAAUAACAGGUCGAACGAAAACUAAAUUGGACAAAGCAGUUGACGAGAUCAACAAAUAUUCUACAAACAAGGAUAUAGUUGGCAAACAAGUGGAUUACGGGAAUUUAACUUCAAUACGAUCUUUUGUGACUGACACUAUAGCGACACAGCCAAAAUUAGACAUAUUAAUAAACAAUGUUGGAGCUAUAGGCAUAGAAGAUAAAUUAACGCAGGACAAUCUUAAUUCAAUGAUGCAAGUAAACUAUUUUGGAGCAUUUCUAUUAACUUAUCUUCUAUUUCCUCUUUUGAAAUCAUCGGCUCCUAGUAGAGUGAUAAAUAUAUCAUCUUUAGCAUCAGCGUUGGGACACGUCAAUCCAGAUCACUUGAAUGAUGUUAAUGUAUAUUCUAGUUUUGAAUUAUACUCCAACGCGAAGUUAGCAAAUAUUUUAUUUGCUGUGGAAAUGAGCAAAAGAACAGUUGGAAGUGGCGUAAGUUUUUAUAGUUUAGAUCCAGGAUUAAUACAGACUGAUUUCUUCAGAUAUCUGGACAAUGAAAUUUUGAAGAAGAUACUAAACUCUGCUCUGCAUCUGAUUGGUCAACCGACAGCUACAGCUGCUAAAGCUCCACUUUAUUUGGCAAUCGAUCCGGAAUUAGACAAAUACAACGGUAAACACUUUAGAUCUUGCUCAGAAUUCUACACAAACUGGUAUGCGAAAGAUGAAGAAUUGAAUAGGAGAUUGUGGGAAAAAUCGAAAGAGCUUGUAAAGAUAUCCGCUAAGGAAGACUGGGAGAUUGUAAAGGUGUCUAAUGAUAAUGUAAUAUAAUGAAUUUGUGUAUAAAUAAGACAACAACAACAAAUUUGUUGAAAUUAUAGUAAAGUGUAACUGCUAUAAGAGAUGUACUCUUCAACGUAUAAUUAUAGAACUUUAUGGGACUUCGGGUCUGUCUGCAUUAGAAGAUAUGUAUGAGUUAACUAUAACCACAUUAUCCAGUGAAUUCGGACUAAGUUUAAUUUCAAUCAAACAUUACUCAUGAAGAUAUGUGUAAAAAAAAUCAUUUUAUUAUGCGUGUAGACCAAAAUCUUAUAUUGCCUCUCAUUGCUUUUAGUCGGUUGAAAGAUAUAAGUGGAUUAGAUGUAAGUAUGUAAAUUU